AUGCGGCCUGUUGUCAUCGCCGCCUGCUUGCUGCUGCUCGCGCCCAUCACCGACUCUUGGUGGGCGUCUGGCAGCGCAGUCAUAUUAGAUCCUCGAAUGAUCUGCAAGAAGAAUAGGCGGACGCGCGGCAGACUGGCCCAGAUCUGCAGAAACGAGACGGGGCUGCUGAAGGAGAUCACCAAGGGAGUGACCUUGGGAGCCACGGAGUGCGCUCAUCAGUUUAGAAACAGGCGGUGGAACUGCACCACACAGAGACGGAGUAUGAGGAAGAUACUCAUGAGGGACACAAGGGAGACGGGAUUCGUGAAUGCGAUCACGGCCGCUGGCGUCACGUACUCGAUUACCAGAGCGUGCACAGCAGGAUCUCUGCUAGAAUGCUCUUGUGAAAAGGGAGCACCAAAACCACGCCGUGGACGCGAAUCAGUAACGCUCCCCCCAUCCCAAGUGCCAACAGAGAGGUGGCAAUGGGGGGGAUGCAGCGACAAUGUACGCUUCGGGCUCAAGAAGUCUAGAGAAUUUAUGGAUAGUCGCUACAGAAAACGAAGUGAUAUCAAAACACUCAUCAAACUGCAUAACCAUAAUGCUGGGAGGUUGGCUGUCAAGAACAAUAUGAAAAUGGAAUGUAAGUGUCACGGCCUGUCCGGCUCGUGCACACUAAGGACAUGCUGGUGGAGGAUGCCGACUUUCAGAGAAGUAGGGGACAGGCUGCGAGAUCGAUUCGAAGGUGCUGCUAAGGUGAUUGCCAGCAAUGAUGGGGACAGUUUUAUGCCAGAGAGCCCAAGUAUCAAGAAACCGGGCAAGAAAGACAUCAUCUACUCGGAAGAGUCGCCGGAUUUCUGCUCAGCUAACCUAAAAACUGGUUCAUUAGGCACCUUAGGACGUCAGUGUAAUGUCAGCUCGGCUGGAACCGAUAGUUGUGAUCAAUUAUGCUGCAGGAGAGGUUACAAAGAAACCUCUGUCAGAGACACUGAAAAUUGCAAUUGCCAAUUUAAAUGGUGUUGCGAAGUAAUAUGUGAAACAUGCUACGUUAAACGAAAUAUACAAACAUGCUUAUAA